AUGACACUGAAUUUAGAGCAAUAUCGACUCACGGCAGAUGAUGAACUUCGUUUUGAAGUCGGGGGCGUCGAGAUCUUGCUAGAACUUAUUGAAGGCGACGUCGAGAUAUUCGGAACUCCGUUAAUACGAUUCAAAAAGUACCCUUUCCCUCCAGGUAUGCUUAUUUGAUUUUUUGGUUUGGAUUUUAGAUUGAUUUAAGGGGAAUUUGACUGGUUCAGUUUAUCAUGGAUAACAUUGGGUUGUUUUGGCCAGUAUUUGUUUUUGAGUUGUAUGGCUGAAAUUUGUUGUACAGCAAAACAAUACUACAAAGUAGCUAUUUGAGGAAUUCGAAACGCCUCUGGCUUUGGAGUCUUGAGAAAUUUCCAAAACUUUGGAUGUUGACGACCUACUACAAGAUUUUAAUCAAAAUUUAUAUUUUCUUGCCGAAUCCUGCCGAAUCACCUGUCAAAUAUUGAAGAUAACAUAUUCAGUAAAAUGGGUGAUCAUUAUUUCGAAUUUUUGGAGCCUUUUCUAUUACUUUUUACCUUAUUUUAGGUUUUCGAGGUGCUUGUUAUGCCUUUAAAUCGGCCACAGUCGAGAUCGCCGGGCCGUUGGAGAGUGUAUACACUGCGCAUGCAGCUGUGCCAAUGGUGCCCUACAGAAACGUUCAUGCCGGCCUGAAAACUCGUCGUCUUCGAGUGGCGCCGGACCAGCUUGGACCUAAAGUCAUGGUGGCUGGUCCGAAGGACGUGGGCAAGUCUACACUCUGCAAAUUACUCGGAAACUACGCAGUUCGCUCUGGGAGUCAAGUUCUGUAUGUGGAUUUGGAUCCUGGACAGGUAAGAUGAUCAAUAUUAUAUUAUCUUAUAUUUCUUUAGAAUAUUGUUUUCCCUGGCUGCGUAUCCUGCAUCAACGUUGAAAAGCUCUCGCAUCCACUGUAUGGAUUCGAUACAGAUCGCCCAUACGUCAUGAAUGUAAGUUUUAAAGUUUUUAUUUCCCAAGUUUAGAUGUGUUGGUCGGGCGCGAGCUGCCGAGGGUAAAAUACGUUUUUUGGCCUCCAAAUGGUGAUGGUUUAUUAUUUCAGUAUGGAAGUUUGAAUCCAUUGGCAAAUCAGAAGCUCUAUGAUAUCAUGGUGGAACAUUUGGCCGAGGUGGUUCAGAAGAAAAUGAGGAUGGUGGAGAGGUUCAAAAAAGGUGGUGUAAUCAUCGAUACUACCGCGUUCUCGAAAGGAAAUUAGUAAGUCGUACUUGUAAUCUUAUGAGGAUCCGAAUUGGACAAGUUUUGGAUUUUCAUCGAACUCAUUUUGCAAAUUUUUAUACUGGCGAGCUGCGCCCAAUCUUUUACAAAAAUGGCUGAUAUUCGAAUUAAAAAAAAAUGAUUUUAAUGUUAGUUCUGCAAAAAAAAAAAUCCCGAAAAUUUAUUUCACCUCGGGCCAAGACCCUCAGGCAAUUUUCGCUCUUUCCCAGGGCGCAGCUCGCCAAUUUUUUUCCGCCGAUUUCACCUAUAAGCUGUAUGAAAUUUCAGCUAUAAAUCGAUCGUGAAAGCAGCGGAGGUCUUCAACGUCGAUCUUUUAAUUGUCCUGGAUCAUGAGCGCCUGUUCGCCGAUUUACAACGAGACCUCAAAAACAAGUCUAUCAAAAUUAUCCAUUUGCCAAAAUCCGGCGGAGUGGAGACGAGAACGGCAGCACAGGAGACUGAAUACAGACGAAAUAUUAUUCAGAAAGUAAGGAUUUGGAUUUUUUUAAAGUUUUUUAGGGCGCAGCUCGCGGUAGGAAGACUUAAAAAAACUGGCUGCAGAGUGCAGAAAGUGGCUUCAUUUUUUAGAUUAAGGUUUCUGAAAUUGUUUAGGUAAUUUCUCAUUAAGUUUUGGACAUCCUAUUGCAUUUUUGGGUAAUCUAGGGCGCAACUUGCGGAACGAAAAAUUCAAAAACUGGCUCCAAAGUGCAGAAGGUGGCUUCAUUUUGUUCAAAUUAAGGUUUUUGAAAUCGCCUGGGCAAUCUUCCAUCGAGUUUUGAACUGAUUAUUGCAUUUUUUUAGUAAUCUAGGGCGCAGCUCGCGGUAAAAAAAAUUCCGAAAUUUAACUCGUAAAUUUGAAAAUUAAGGUGUACGGGGGUUUAGUAGCCACUUUUAAAUUCAGUUUUGGACACUAUGAGAUUUUUUUGAGUUUUCUAGGGCGCAGCUCGCGGUAAAAAAAUCCCGAAAUUUUACCUUUAAAUUUGAAAAUUAAAUGAAAAUUUAUGUGUACAGGGCUUUAGUAGUAUAAUUUUGUUAUUUUUAAUAUUUUUCAGUACUUUUACGGCACGAAAGCCCAGCCAUUUUACCCUCGAUCCUUCGAAUUCAUCUACGAUAAGCCACGCGAAGAACUGGAACUAAAACUGGCCAGAAUCGGAGUCGACGCCCUCCCCGCCUCAUGCCUGCCCUACGGCAUGGCGCCGGACGAGCAUCAGACCAUGGUCGAAGCCGUAAAUUACACCCCAUCAUUGGCCCACAGGAUCGUCUCCCUAAAUGAAGAUAUGCCUCUGUCGUCGGCAAUCAUCAAGAAAUCGGCCCGGGGAUUCGCCCUCAUCCAAGAAGUAGACACCGAAAAUAAGGUGGUACAAGUCUUGCUGGCUGAGGAACCCCCGAUCAAGUUUAGUUUGGGGAUUUUGAGUGAAGUCGAAUUUUUGGAUGAUAUGCCCGGAAGAUUGUGA